AUGGACACACAAGAUCUGGAACUUAGCAUCUCUGCCGAGGAGAUAUGCCGCACCUGUCUGGCUGCGGUCGAUCAAACGCAGCUUAAACCGAUAUUUUGUAAUGAAAUUUUGGAUGGGCGCAUCGUACCGUUCCCAAGCGUGUUGGAGUUGGUGGUCGGAGAACAACUUGUUAAACAUGACAAACUUCCAAACAAUGUAUGUCCGGAGUGUAAAGGAAAGCUACGAGAGCUAUUUCUGUUUAUCGGCACGGCGCAAAAAUCGAACAAACUGCUGUACGAAAUAUUCGCCAUUAAACCAUCGAAUCCUGUAAAUGCGCGAAAAAAUGACAUUAAGCAUACCGGAAGUCAAACGGAAGCAUUGGAAGAAAAGAUCAAACUCGAUCCGGCGAUUGCUACAUUCCCGAAACCUUUAAAAAUGAACGAGAUCGGAACGCAAUGUGCCAAUGAGACUGUCGAAAUUGCUUGCCAAACAGAUGUGUUACCUGAACCGGAAAAGUUAAAUGUUCAAGAAUCCACCAGUAAAAGAAUCAAAAUUGAUGAAGGAGCAAUAACUCCGAUAACUGCAAAAGAGUAUGAAGAGGCAUCAUCCCAAGAAACUGAUCCACUUCGCGAAAGUUCCAUUGAAUGCACAUUAAUGGAUUUUGGUGAUCAUGAUGAUGAUGACGAUGCCGAUGAGAACAAGUAUGAAAUGGUCUUACUAGCAAAUGCAUCGAAUGAGGAAGAAUGUUUCACACUUCGCCCCGUAAAGACGGAUUGCAAAAAGAAACUGAUUAUCGAGACCAUCCCAAGCAAGCAACUUAAACGCCUCAAACAAGGCAGCUUAAUGCCUAAGUCUACCAUUGAUUGUGAGCAAAAAAGAGUUUCUCGCCGAUCAAAAACCGAACAAGUAAAUUGCAUCUACUGCAACUGGUCCGGUCGUCCGGCAGUGCUGGAACAACACUUUCAAAUUCACAAAGCCACAUUUGAGCUUUGUCUAGAGUCGAUACAUUAUAUCCGAUGCUCCGAUUGCUUUGCGGUGUUUUUAUCUCAAAUGCACUUUAUCGAACACUUUUGUGCUAGCUGCAAACCUAUAUCAUCUGAAGAAUACGUUUACCACUCCGAUCUUCAAAGGCAUGAAACGUUUUAUCUUAACGGGCUGGAUGUAUGUGUACCAAGGUUGAAAACAUUCAAAAAAAUUUCGAACAAAUAUCAUUGUGGCCGAUGCACAAAAUAUACAACGAACGGUUUCGAAGCAAUGUGCCAACAUUUCCUUAUCCACGAAACAGAGGACGAUAAAACCGAUGACGUCCAUAUGCUUUGGAAAAGUAAUCAUCUCGACAAGAUACACAUCUGUGGGAUAUGCAAUGCUCAGUUUCCGGAUGCAACCUACAUACGACAGCAUCUGUACUUCCAUCAGGACUCGUUCAUUUGCAUUUUUGAUUGUGGCAUGAUCUUCGCCAGCUUCCUGCGCAUGACCCGCCACUUUGAAAAAAAGCACAUGCAAUGCCGCGAAGUUACGGAAACCAGCAUCGUUGAAGAUGCGAAAGCACAAGAUGAGAACUAUCAGUGCACACAAUGCGAAAAAACCCUCUCCAGUGCCGACACAUUAAAGAACCAUCUGAAGAACCAUUACCGCUCGCGUAAGUACGUAUGCACGGAAUGCAAUAAAAGUUUCGGUCAGAAGAGUGAUCUUACCAAUCACUGCCGUAUUCACACAGACGAUCGACCGUACGCGUGCAAAUUGUGUGAUAAAAAAUUUCGCACGAACAGUCACCUCCGUGAUCACACGUCCACACACGAGGAUGUAAAUAAGUUCGAGUGCAAUGUAUGCCACAAGAUGUUCAAAGCUAAACGUAUCCUGGCUGGGCACGUACGAUUGCACACCGGUGAGAAGCCGUAUCAAUGCAAGAUUUGUAACAAAUCGUUCUCGCGCAAGCAGCACCUCAUAACGCAUCAAAAAAUUCACUUUAAGCCUCGUAGUUCCGGUACUGCUUCUAAACCUGGGAAGCGAACCAAACCCUCUCCGUGA